GCCAUCUUUUAUUGUCACUUCCUCUUUGGUGAGCACGAGCGAGGGUGGAAAGAAGUCCAACAUCGUUAAUUGCGAUGAUUUUACUCGAAAUAAGCAAUAGGAUAGUCGAAGAGACUCUGACAACAAAAUUCAGAAAUGUUUUAGAAGGAGGAAAGCCUGAUGGAGUGGACAUAACAGUAGCAGAUUUUGAUGGAGUGUUGUACCACAUAUCCAAUCCUGAUGGGGAUAAGUCGAAAAUCAUGAUCAGCAUCUCCCUCAAAUUCUACAAGGAUUUACAGGAACAUGGAGCUGAUACAUUGAUCAAGAGAGUAUAUGGAUCGUAUCUCACCACAGCAGAAGCAGGCUACAACGUGUCAAUCGUGUUUGACCUAGACAACAUUCCGUCAGAUCAUGAAGAACAGGUGAAGAAGGCAGCCCUCCUGAAGCGGAACUGCUUUGCGUCAGUGUUUGAGAAAUACUUCGACUUCCAGGAACAAGGGAAGGAGAGCAAGAAGAGAGCUGUCAUCCAGUACAGGGAAGAUGAAACCAUGUACGUAGAAGCUAAAAAAGAUAGAACAACUGUAAUUUUCAGUACAAUCUUCAAAGAUGACGAUGACAUUGUGAUAGGAAAAGUGUUUAUGCAGGAAUUCAAGGAAGGCCGAAGAAAAUACCAGCAAGCCCCCCAAGUGUUGUUCAGCCACAAGGAGCCACCUCAGGAACUAGAGAACACUGAGGCUAGAACCGGGAACAAUAUAGGAUACAUUACUUUCGUUCUGUUUCCGCGCCACACCAACAGGAAAGCACGGGAUAACACCAUCAACCUAAUUCACACACUUAGGGAUUACCUUCACUAUCAUAUCAAGUGUUCCAAGGCAUACAUCCAUCAGAGGAUGCGAGCCAAGACGACAGACUUCCUGAAGGUAUUGAACCGAGCUCGGCCAGAGAACAAGGAGAAGGAAAAGAGGACAAUAACGGGUAGAACCUUCAAGGCCAAUUAAGGAAGAUUUUGUUUAAGCCAUUAUUCCAAUCAUAGUGAUAAUAAUAUACACAUCAUUGUAUGAUUGAGGUUCUGCAUAGGUUGGACAUGAAAAGUGCUCUGUUUCCAUGGUUACAACUGAGCUCUUAUCCUUGAGCUCUCCACCCUCUCAGAGAACUAUUAGACUUUGCUUUUGUGGGCAGACAGACAAACAUUUUGGUGAUAUCUCAUGUUUUUUAACCAGCAUUUAAUUUUCUGUUAAGGUUUUCCUACUAAUAUACAAUAUAUACAAAGAACCAAAUGUUAAAGAACACCUAUUUUGUCAUUUGACUAAAGUUAAACCAUCAGCUGUAAGUAUUGCAAUUUGAUAUGAUUGGGUGUUCUUUGAUAUUGUUUUUGAGUAGUAUAAAUUUAUAUAAUUUCGAAAUAGGUUUGUUUUAAAAUCUAUGAUAUAUUUACUCUAAGGAAAUAGGAAAUAGUUUGCUUGACAUUUGAUGGGAUUAUUUAGUGAAGGUGGGCUCACUGGUUCAUGCACUCAACUGCCAUUCCAGAAAUUCAGGUUUGAAUCCUGACCUGUUUUGAUGCAAUUUGUGUACCUUACCAUUGUAAAUUGGGUGUCACCUACAUAGGAAUAGAUCCCAACUGUAAUUGUCAUGUACCCAGCCUUCAAAAUUCAUGCUGGUCUGCUAGCCCGAGGCUACUAAAUUGGGCUGAGGAACAUUGUAAAUUUGAUGAUGGUAGUCUUCGUUGACUAUUAGCAGUUGAAGGCUCUUAUUUUGAAUCAGUUGUCAAUGCUUCCAUUUUGCCUAAACUUAGAACUGAUUAAACUGACAGAAA